UUAUUUCAUAUUUUUAACAACUUGGACAUUUUUGUUUUAUAAGGUUCAUGCCAAGUUGGAUCUGAAACAUGUACGUAAACAUGCCCAGAACGAAUCCAUGAUUUACCAACCUAGAUCAUUAAAACUUGAUGUUCACAAAACCUUGCUUUUGCAUUUCUACAAAAACAAUACAAAAACAUUAGAAACGCCUGUUCCCUUCAAUGUAAAGGCAUUGGAAAGCUCCGGUUGUUUGCCGUCAGAAAAAUUUGCGAUUAUACUUCAUGGAUGGAUUCAAAGUUGUACGGAUGAAUGGGCAGUUGCACUUAUUGACCGCUUAAGUUUUUAUCGUAGAGGAUGUAUAAUAUGCAUUGAUUAUAGCAUUGUCGCCAAGUCAUCUUAUAUGCGGUUAUACGCCAAUUUUCAAUAUAUAACCGAAGCGCUGGUUUCAAUCAUAAUUUCCCUAUUUCAAUAUGGGUUUGAUCCCAGUCGGGCAUAUUUGUUUGGUUUCAGCUUUGGUGGUCAAUUAGCUUCAGCCGUCGGACGAUCCUUACAACCACAUUUUAUUAUACAAAAUAUCGACACUUGUGAUAUGGCUGGUCCUGGAUUUGAUCCAAUUACUGUUGAUCACUCGAAAGCUGGCAAAUAUGUUCAAUGCUUCCAUUCAAGUCGUGAUAAGGGAACUCUAAUAUACUCUUGCCACAGGAAUAUUAUGUUGGGCAGCUGUGGACUUAGUCAGCCUUCGAUAGCCAGCCAAGUUCAUCUUGGAAGUCAUGGCUUAUGCGUUGAUAUUUAUAUUAAUACCUUUGAUUAUCCGUUUUAUGCGCUAAAAACUCCACCCACUGAUUGCAUUUCGUUUACUCAGUCAGCUAAAAUUCCUAAUGAUUAUACGGUGGGAUAUGAGGAAAACUUUAAUAAACAGAUUACUGGAAAAAUCUUUGUGCCCACCAGCUUACAUUAUCCCUACAAUUUAUCAAAAAAAGAGCUGCAACUAUUGUCAAGGCAAAAUGGAUAAAGCUAUAACAAAGUAUAAAUAAAUUAUAUUUAUAUUUCUAUCAAUUAACGCAGUUUCCUAAAGUGAA